AUGAUCACGUUGUUUAUUGAGCUGGAGAAGGACCCUUCCAAGCUGAAACAAUUUGUGUUAAACAAGCUUGAUGGUGCGUCUCAUGACAUAAAGGCUGUCAUACAAAACACUGCCCCAGACGCCUUUGUACCGUCGUCUCCAUUAAGAAUCAGGCCUCCCUGGGAUCUUCUUAGCAAGGGCAAUCUUUGUUUAGCAGGGAAUGCGCUCCACCAGAUGACCAUAGACAUUGGACAAGGUGGCUGUUCAGCAUUAGAAGAUGCUGUGGGCCUGUCCAGGUGCCUUGUGGAAGCCCUGGUGAAACCUGGCAGAGAAUUUAAAGGUAAAGCUUUCGAGCAGGAGGAUUACAAGCGGAUUGAGCUGGCGUUGAAACAAUAG